AUGGCUGCUGUGCCCCUUGAAGCCGAUGAUAGCAGCCCCAUUGAGGUGGCGUCGUAUUUCUUCAACGGCGCCGGCGACACACGGGUGGGGGCGAUGGAUUUCUCGCUGGAUGGGCGCUUCUUCAUCUCAUCGCACACCGAUGACGCGCUGCGCCUCGUCGACGUCGCGAGCAUGCGGCACACCGAGACAAUCCAGCUGGAGUUGUUUGGUCUGCACUGCGCCAGGUUCACUCAGUCAACCGACGUUGUGUGCGUCGCCCCCCGGCACUGCGCAGACGGCCACCUGUACCUUCUGAGCCUAACCACCGCGCAGCUCUUCUCCGCCAUGGCGUUCGUCAGCGACGACGUGCCGGAGUUGCGCGCUGCCACCAACACGCCGGCGUACUCAACAGUCGCGCAGAACCCUCAAACGGACGUGAUCGCAUCGGUGCUGGCGACACAGGGGCGCCUGCUGCUGUUUCACCCGCUCAUCUCUGGUGCGUUAGCAGCCUCUGGCGAGCGAACAGUGGUGGGAAACAGAAGUACAGUGGCGUUUAGCCCAGACGGGAGCAAACUCGUCAUGGGGGACGAUCACCACGUGCGUUUAUUCGAUUGCCGCAAGUUGUUCACAUCGCCAUUGGUGUCUUUGGAGAACAAGGCGGUAUUCACUGAAUCAGGCGCGGCGACACGGUGCAAAGGCGCCGAGGUAAGUGCCGAUGGCUCGCACCUGCUGCUCACAUCGUCCGGGGGAGAAGCAGUUGUGUAUGAUACGAAGCAUGAUAAGGUGACAUGUUCUUACUUUCACGAUGCUGCACGACAUCAAUUUACAGGCGCAGACGAUGCGGUUGGUGCCAAGUACGUGCACCCGAACGUUGUAGGAUCGAUGGUGGUGCAGCCAUCUACCUUUAUGGAUGCGGGGCGUCACCUGCUGGUGUACGGCGGGCAUAGCACACAGAGCCCCCAGGAGUGCCAGAAGGGGGUGCUCAAGUACGAGCUGCGGUGCAAGGACAACGAUGUGCUUGUUGCGUUGUGCGUCAAUACACGUUACGCACUAGUGGCCACCGCGGCGCGUGGCGUGACAUGGUGGGCCUUCAAUAUAGACACAUAG